UGACUAACCAGGCAGACCACUACCGUCCUACUCCGCACCUCCUCAGACAUCACACUAAGUCAAGUCGGCAGCCUAUUUCAUCCCAUUGACCGAGCAGAGAACCCGAUAUCCGCCUUUUCCACACCACGCCCAACUUCAACAUCGGAGAACGUUGAGCGCCGGCCUGUCUACCUGGCCCAGCGCCGCUUCUCACUCUACUUAUUGCUCCCUUGCCUUUGACACAGCCAGGACCUAGCCAUGACCGUUGGGGAAUGGCAAUGUUAGCAGAAUAACAUUAACAGACCGGAUCCGUUCACGCCCAUACAUGCAUGUGCGCCCUUACGUUUGUGACCAUCUCUUAUCGCUCCCGAGAUGGCGCCGCCCGUGCUCCCGAGCCCGUCCAACUUCCUGGCCGUGGCACUGGUCAUCAACAGAUCCCGUGAUGGCCCUAACUUCGUCUUUCACUACCCGCCACAUGUCUUACCGCCCAACGCCCAGUCGAAAAAUCACGAGCCAUCCGACGGGUCAGCCGAAUAUGACGACAUCUUGCUGGAGCGUCUGAACCAACCUGGAUCGCUGGAUGCCGAUAACAACGGUGAUGACCUCCAGCAAUGGACGGUCGGAGACGACCACCUGGUCACGGAGGAUGGCACGCAAAUUGUGCCUUGGGAACAUGUGGCAGGCUUUCCUACAAAGGACCUCGCCAGCAUUCUGACGCCGGGAAGGGCCUAUCACAAGAAGCUCUUCCAGCUAUCUCUGGAUCCAUUGUACUGUGUAUCUUAUCCUAUACACGUCCCCGAGAGCGGGACGUGGAAGAAGAAGAAAAAGAAGAAGAAGGGCAAAACGGAAAGAGCCAAAUCCGUCCGCACAGAAGAGUCGGCCGUGUUGGUCGAUUUUGAUCCAAACGAGGACAAUGAAAAUACGCCUAAUGGCGCUGAUGCGUCGCAAAUCGAUUCGAAAGAGGAAGAAACCACUCAACAAGACGAGGCUGACGAUAAGCGUGCCUCCAUGACGAUGUUCAACCUGGUCUUCAUCAUGAACCCGAAGAAGCACGAGGCCAAGGAACUUAUUGCUACCCUGUAUCUGAACAUCAUCAAGAAGGUCAACAAGGCCUACAAAUACUGCCAGCAGCACAGCGAGUUUGUAUGGAAGGAGUCGAAGCGCAUAUCGGCCUUGAAAGACAAGGGCCGAGAGGACAAACGCAAGAUGAGCUCACUAUGGAACGAGAUUUUAGCCACGUCCUCUCUCGCAGCUUCGGUUCAGGACAUCUAUGAGGCCGUCUCUCAAAACAAGAUUGCUGCUCUGCAGCUUGACACGGCUGCUGGGCCCAUAACCCCGUCCGUUCAGAUCCCCGUGCCGUUUUACAUCACGGACCUGCAUAACUACGGGCAGACGGAGCAGAGGGGUCUGUGGCUGACGACGGCCAACUCUUUCAUUGGUGAAGACACCAUCGACGAGCCUGGGUUUCUCGAUCGCAAUUUUGCGUUGUUGUUGAUGGGCGACGAGAAGAAGAUCAUCGCCGAGCUGCAGGCCGAUCCGGAUCCUAGCACCGUCGCCAUGGUUGAGUUUGCCCGGCUAUCAAAGCCAACGCAGUCAUUCUGUCAAGUCGGUCAGAGCAACGUCUUGACGCUAAGCCAGGUCCGCAAAUACGCCCAGCACUUCAUAUUCUGGCGCCGUGCCAUUGCCAUACCUCCUCUUCACGCACGCGACGUUUACAUCAUGUCGCCAAACUGCGACACGCGGAACCUGCCCAAGGCAAGCCUCGAGUGGCAAAAGACAUUUCCCUUGGCGCCACCGCUCACCAACUUCCUCGCCGAGCUAUCAUACGCCCCGCGACCGUACAAGCACUUCUGCCCAAGCAAGGCCCACCGUCCGACGUACCUCGCCAUGCUUGCCUGGCUCAUGCGCGGCGCCUGGGUAACGCAACUGUGCACAUUUGCCUACGUGGUUGUCUGGCCCGAAAUCAUCUACGAAGUCGAGCACAAGAUCGAAAGCGACGAGUUACGCAAGGCUGAUGACACGUCGUCCCUCGGCACCAGCAACAACACCCUGGGCAGUAUGGGUACUGAACCAGUUGGCGAACACUCCGAGGCUGAUGAUGGCAAUGGCGGCGGCAUGGGCGCGAGCAGCAGCAGCGCUGGCAAUGGCGGCAUAGCCGCGCAUGUGCCGACGCAGAUCGAACAGGCAGCAGAGAAGGCGCGCCUCGAGCGCAUCGCGGAGAAGACACAGCGCGAGGCGGCCGAGAAGGCGACGGCGCAUGCGCGCAAGGUGCCGCCUGCCGCGACGGAUCACCCGUCAACCAACAACGCACCACACCUGGCGCGCAUAUCGCCGUGCAUCAUUGUGGACGCCAAGAAGGCAACCGGAAAAGAGUCGCUUUACCUUGCGGCCAUCGGUACGCGGCUUGGUAAAGACCCCAAGGUCGCCAAGGCAUGGCAGACCUUUUGGAAGUACUUCAACGGGCAGACGGCACUCGAGAGAAUAGCAUUGCAGGAGGAAAUGAAGCGCAAGGACGCGUGGAAUCUGCUGACGGCGAUGAGUGAGCAUCUUAUCUGCGUAAGACACUGGUAGGUAUGUCGCUUGGUGUUGUCUCCCGUGGGGAAGAGGCCACAGUCGUGCUUCUCAAAGGGCAACGAUUGAAAAACAUGUCUGGGACACAACUUCCUGUGUCGUGCUCCGCGGGGUCAUGGUAAUCGCUGUCGUAGAAUACCGCUCCGAGGAGAAAUGAAAUUUCAACGUUUAAUCCAUCACCAAGAUAUAGGACCACUGUCAUCUUGAUAUGGAAUAGCCCAAGGAGAUAUGGGGCACUUCGGAGAAAA